AUGGAGGGGCUGAUCCCACCAGGACUGAGGGGCGGGGCCAAGAAGAUUCAUAACUUGGACACAGUUAAUAUCCCCACUGUGUACCACGGGAUCCCCGCGGACUCUCCUCCCAUAGUCAAGGUACAGAUUACUGGUCACAAGGUGUACCACGGGAUCCCCACGGACUCUCCUCCUAUAGUGAAGGUACAGAUUACUGGUCACAAGGUGUACCACGGGAUCCCCACGGACUCUCCUCCCAUAGUGAAGGUACAGAUUACUGGUCACAAGGUGCACCACGGGAUCCCCACGGACUUUCCUCCCAUAGCCAAGGUACACAUUACUGGUCACAUGGUGUACCACGGGAUCCCCAAUGACUCUCCUCCCAUAGUCAAGGUACAGAUUACUGGUCACAAGGUGUACCACGGGAUCCCCACGGACCCUCCUCUCAUAGUCAAGGUACAGAUUACUGGUCACAAGGUGUACCACGGGAUCCCCAAAGACUCUCCUCCCAUAGUCAAGGUACAGAUUACUGGUCACAAGGUGUACCACGGGAUCCCCACGGACUCUCCUCCCAUAGUCAAGGUACAGAUUACUGGUCACAAGGUGUACCACGGGAUCCCCAUGGACUCUCCUCCCAUAGUCAAGGUACAGAUUACUGGUCACAAGGUGUACCACGGGAUCCCCACGGACUCUCCUCCCAUAGUGAAGGUACCGAUUACUGGUCACAAGGUGCACCACGGGAUCACAAAGGACUUUCCUCCCAUAGCCAAGGUACAGAUUACUGGUCACAUGGUGUACCACGGGAUCCCCAAUGACUCUCCUCCCAUAGUCAAGGUACAGAUUACUGGUCACAAGGUGUACCACGGGAUACCCACGGACCCUCCUCUCAUAGUCAAGGUACAGAUUACUGGUCACAAGGUGUACCACGGGAUCCCCAAAGACUCUCCUCCCAUAGUCAAGGUACAGAUUACUCGUCACAAGGUGUACCACGGGAUCCCCAAAGACUCUCCUCCCAUAGUCAAGGUACAGAUUACUGGUCACAAGGUGUACCACGGGAUCCCCAUGGACUCUCCUCCCAUAGUCAAGGUACAGAUUACUCGUCACAAGCUGUACCACGGGAUCCCCACGGACACUCCUCCCAUAGUCAAGGUACAUAUUACUGGUCAUAAGGUGUACCACGGGAUCCCCACGGACUCUCCUCCCAUAGUCAAGGUACAUAUAUUGGUUACAAGGUGUACCUCGGAAUCCCCACGGACUCUCGUCUCAUAG